AUGUUUUUUAUUCAUUUAGAAAGAGAAUCUAUUACUCAUGGAGCUUCAUCAAUUACCACUGUGGACAAUCAAUAUCAUGAUGAAACGGAUAAAUUAGAGAAUACACUGACAUGUUUUCGACCUGAAAUGGUUAAAUCUAUCAUGAAAGAUAAAAUAUUGACAGAUAUUAUUUCAGAACAUGUACUCAACUCAUAUUCGAAUGAUUUAGUUCGAACAUUAUGUAUAAUUAUCGAAAAAAAUUUUUCAAAUGAUUUUAUUCAAUGUGAAUCGGCAAUUAAUUUUGUUUCACGUUGGUUAUUACUUAUCGAUUAUCAAGAUGAAGAAUUUCUUGAACAAUCUGAAAAUCGAUACAUAUGGCUUCUAGCUCAUGUUUAUGCUGCAUUAGAAUAUGAACCAAAUGAUCUCAUAUCAUUCUAUUCUGCUUGUCGUAUAACAGAUCGUCUUGAUCGAACAAAAUCAUUUUAUAAUGAUAUUUUUUCGGAUGGAAUAACUCGAUCUGAAGUACGUGCAACAAUGUAUCGAAAAAUGUUUGAUUAUCUUUGGAAAAAUCUUUGUUUAUUAUGUUCAUCAGAUGAAAAUAGUCAACAAUGGAUUGAUACUUAUAUAUUCAUUUCAAAAUAUUAUCCAUCAGAUAAAGUGCUUGGACUUACACGACUUGUUGAUAUCAAAGAUCAAAUUGAAUUUAUGAAAUUAGCUUAUCUUAUCCUUUUAAAUGAAGCAACACCUGAACCAACGCAACUUAUUAAUUGUUUAUUAAAGGAUACAAAUCUUAUUCAGGGUUCUGGUCAACAUCAACAUAGUAGUUAUGAAACAUCAAUUAGUCUUAAACAUUUAUCGAAAAUCAUUGAAUCUAUUCAUCGAUAUUUCGAACGUCAAAAUGCAAAUAUUUCAACAUUAAUGAUUGAUUUACAACAAUGGAUUCUUUCAAUAUUAAAGACAUCGAAUCAAUCAUGUAUUAAUGAAAUAAAGUAUCUUUUCGAAUAUUUAAAUAAAACAACAUGUCAAUUAUCUUUAGCAAUGAAACAAUUUCUUUUCGAUGAAUUAGCUAAUUUAUUUCUUGAACGUAAACAACAAAAUGAAUUACGACAGAAAAAAUCCGAAUUAAAUCCAUGGGAUCGUAUGAAUAUAUUAUUAAUAAUAAUUGUUGAAUGUGCAUUAAAAAACGAUCAAAUAAAAAAUUAUAAAAUACCCUCUCAUCCAUCAAUAGUUCCUCUCGUUAAUCGACAACAAUCACAAUACACAUUGUUCGAUUUAUUAUUUUUCUAUCUUA